UAGGCUUACACAUAUGCAGGCUAAGAGAGGUGAUGAUUUGCAUAUGGUGACUUUCACUCUUCCAGGUUAUCAGUCUGGCUUGGAACACCAUGGAAGAACAGAUGGUUCGGCGUGUCUUUGCCUACAAAAAAAUGGAAAUUUUGUCAUAGACACUGAUAUCUUCUCAACUUCUCAAUCUCUGAUGGCUCUUUGUAAGGUUUUUAUCUUCAGACUUCUUCUAUUGACAGGUUUGCGUCUGGCAGGCGGCUCAGUCUCUGACAGCUUUAAGGAGUGCAGUCAGUUCUUCUAUAUGCAUACGGCGCCCACAGGCAUCCGAGGGGGGAAUCUGAAGAGGAUAUGCCAACGCUACGGAGAUAAACUACGUUAUGCCACUAUGUACGACAGCAGUCGCCGGCAGGCACUUUAUUCAGCGUACACCUUUAAAAAGUCAGAUGGACAGAGGAGGAUGGACACACCCUGGAUGUAUGAGCCACAGCUGGUUUCUGCUGAUGAAAGCGGGAACAUGAGAGUCUUGCCCUCUAGUGGUGAAACGGACCAACUGCUUGAGGAGAGCCAGGCCGUGCUAGCAGACUAUGUUGAUGCAGUGGAGUUCGUGCGAGGCUCACUCAACCCUGACCAGCACCAGGCCGACAACCAAGACAAAGCAGCUACCUAUACACUCACAAAUGUGGUACCUCAGAUCACAGACUUUUUGGAGGGCCCAUGGGCCACAUAUAUUGACACGGUGCGGCGGCGCCUGAAUAACUUCUGCCGUGGGUCUGCCUAUGUGGUGACCGGGGUGACUGUUUCGGGGGUGACCAUCCGAAGAGAGAGUGAGGAGCGCAUGGCUGUCCCGAAGCACUUGUGGUCGGCUUAUUGCUGCCCCCGCUUUGAUCGAAACUCUCCCUAUGAAGUACGGUACAUGUUCCCCACUUACGCAGCAUAUGCUUUGAAUGAGAUAGUGGGACACAGUGUGACAGAAGUGCCUUUGAAGGCUUUAGAGACCUUUCUGAGAAGUCAGACUGACAUGGACAAAAGCGUGAGCAUCUUUUUCAAGGACUGCGUCUCAGAAAAUACGCAUACCAAUGGGAAGUGAAUGAAAGCGAAUUGAACUCUGGAUUUGUGUGUGCAUCUGUGCAUGUAGUAAAUGCAAGAACCAGGCAAGAUAAUCAUAUAAAUAAACUAAUAAUGAAAAAUUAACUAUGAAGAAAAAUGUCUAUGAAUGUGGCUUACGGGGAGUUCUGCUAAGAGCGCUGAGCAAAGACAGAUAAAGGUUUAAUAAUCAAA